UGGGAUUAGCUGUAGCCGCAGGUAAUAGCCAAACAUUGGGAGAGACUCGGGUUUUUAACCAGCGACGAGGCGAAUGAGCGGGCGCGCGUGUCCCGGUCGCGGCUCCGGACUCCGGGCUUUAGGUUGGGAAAGUCGGUCGUUUUGGAGUUUUAAACAACAACUCACCUGGAAGUCUGCGAGGUUUCAACCUCCGUCUCGUUUUCUCUCGGUUUGAAGCGCGAGCAGGAGUCUGAGACUUCCGCGGUUCGUUCGCUGGGAGACGAGCACAGCUGUUCCCUCUUUAUGCGGUCCCAGGUCCUUUGAGCCAUGCCUGGCCACAACAGGGGAGCUCCCCAGGCACCCAGCCACCACCAUCCCCACACCUCAGGGUCCAGGACUGACAAGUACAGGCAAACCCGGCCCGCAUACCGGGACGGGGCUGCUAAGCACGACUUCUACAGGGAUCAUCAUGGAGAUCAUCAGCACAACGAGCGCCCCCGGUAUGCAGAGAACAAGUACGGUCACGGCAGAGGACACCCACGGAACGGCACGGCCCGGAGCUCAGAGACUAUAGGAUUUAUUCCAGGGUCAGCAGACAGCGUGCCCACCAGCAGGCCCACCUGUGGCUCCUGCGCUUCAAGGGGCUGGAAUAGCUGCAAGGCUCUCCUCUGUUGUUUGCUGACCUGUGGCUUUUACGGCAGCCGGGAGCCCUGUCUGCCUGUUAAUGAAAGCUCCACCGACCACCCACAUAAAAUGGGCAGUGAGCCUCCCAAUGGCAUGGCCUUGAGCAACCCAACACGUGACAUCACCUUGGAACCCAAAAAACACUCCAAUUUACCUGCAAAUGAAAGCUUCCGAUACCAAGAUGUUCGCUUCAGGGGGGAGAUCGUAAGUUACCCGGUGAACGCCCCCAAACGGACCCGUGCACCUGCUAAGGGGGAGAGCCAGCGACCAGUCAGCAACACCAGCCUGCUGUCCAACGACUACUACGAUCUGGACGACCCGUGCGACAGCACGGAUGUGGACUCUCUCAUCACCAAGAAGCUGCUGGAGCUCUACGCAUUGCAUCAGAUCGAAGAGCUUGCCAAGUGCACAUCCGACCAGUCCUUCUCCCGCAAAACCAACGAGAUCAGCGAGCUCAUCUACAGCAUCGCCCAGAACUACAACCUGGAGGAGCAGGAGGCCGAGUGCAAGCUGGUGCACGGGGUCAUCCGCAUCAGCACGAGGAAGACGAAGAAAAACCCCAGCCACAAACAAGCGGCGCAGCGUCCCAACGGCAGGAACGACGGGACGCUCCCCGACAGCGGCACCGAGACCAUGACCUUCAUGAGCAGCGACUAUCCGGAGGUGAAAGUGUCUGAGCGGACGCCGUCGGAUGAGCUGGCCAGGAAGAUGAGACCUUACAGUGGGAGAACGUAUUCCUCCAGCACCGCCACGGUCUCCUCGCCGUACCAUCACGACACAGGAAGUCACUCGUCAGGAGCUCCUCUGCUCAUCUGAAGAGACUUGAUGUGCUUUUACUGCAGAAGGGUGUCACCCGACUGCUGUUGCUACUGCCAUGGAUGCUGUUACUGAGCAGAGCACCGUUCUCUAGAUGGUUACAGUUCUCCAGUGAGAGGAGAAGACACUUUUUGCUAUGAAUUGUCCCCCUGAACAAAGGUGUGUACGUUGUUUUUUGAUGUUUAGGUAAACCUGUGAUCAGUGUUCUAAAGAUUUAGACUUCUCUGAAAACGUCAGUCAGCCGUCAGAAAGCCACAGGAUCAAACCCCGUGGUAGGUCAUAACCGUCCUCCUUCCUGUUUUAGUUUUACAAGCGUUGUGUUGUCUGAGCUGAUCUGUUACCGUUUCUUUAACCUGAGAUGUUUUUUUUUUUUUUUUUUUUUUUUUUUUUUUUUUGCUGCUGCUGCUGAUGUUUAAGCAGCAGAACUGUGCUGAAGCCAUAACUGUUCUUGAAAUGAUGUUGCAUUGUGCCGUUUGGUGUCUUUUUUUAUAUUACCCAAAAAGUUGUAUUUUAAAAAAAUAAACUAAAUUCUUGUGUUUUUUAUUGCA